AUGCUGAGCGGGGGCUGGGCGCCGGGACGAUUCUCCUGUCGCCGAAUCCACAUCGUCCGGCGAGCCCGGCUGGCCGCCGAGGCCCUCGCCGAGGCGUGCGCUGCAAUGGGGAGCCUGCUCUUUUUGGUGGCCGGAUUGGCGUCGCUUUUCGUGCUGGGAUGCCAGGCGGGGGCCGGUUUGGAAGGGGGAGAGUACUUGGGAGCCUGCAUUCGGAGGAUGGAGGCGGUGGGGUGGGAAUGUACAGGGGCGGUGGGAGUCGACGAGGGACCCGUUGGGGAGGUUGUGAGGUGGGAGGGGGAGGCGAGGCGCGGGGACUCGACGCCCACGGCGGCGAUCGAGGCGGUGUGGGCGGCCAACGGUUGGGGACGGGUGGAGGAGGCGGCAGGGAUGACCGUGCUGGUGGACGGGACGGCGUGCUUGCGGCGCAACUGGACAAUCGCGUCGAUUGACCGUUCGGCGGAAGUGGCGGUUGGCAAAGGGCCGGAGCGCCAUGCCGGUCGCAAACUAGCGGGGUUGGGAGAUGCGGGCGCCGGUCGGCGGUCGCUGAGAAUGCGGGGCAGGGGCAAAGGAGAGGGUGAAGAUAAGGGGGACCUUGAAGCGGAGAUUGUCGUCCCCAGCGGGGAGGAGCAGGUCCGGGUGCCCGUGAACGAGUCAUCGGAGCGGUUCCCCUUCACCGCCGUGGGCAUGCUGGACAACGGCUGCUCCGGCGUGCUGGUGGGCCCCUGCCACUACCUGACCGCCGGGCACUGCGUGCUGGACCCCGGCGGGGGCAACCGGCGCUGGGGGCUGGACUUCUCGCCGGGCAAGAACGGGCGGAGCGCGCCGUUUGGGCGGCUGCGCGCGCUGCAGGCGUACGCGGCGGUCAAGUGGAGCCUGUUCGAGGACGACCUGGCGGACGCGGCGGUCGUGCAAGUGGAGGGCCGGCCAGGGGAGGCCAUCGGGUACAUGGAAAUCGGUGACGGGGACCUCCCCAAGGGGGCCAGCCUCAACCUGGCAGGCUACCCGAGCGACAAGCCCAACGGUGAGAUGUGGUACGACUUUUGUGACAAAGUGGAAAUCCCCCCAAACCCCCAGCAGUUUGUCUUCCACAACUGCAAGACCUACAAUGGCAACUCGGGGUCGCCCAUGUGGUCCUAUUCCCCUGGCGAGGGGGGUCCAGGGCCGUUGAGGCAGGUGCCAGUGGUGCACACUGGGUUGCAGGCUGUCGUGCUGGUCCCCAUCGGACAGAACGCCACCAGCUUGAACUUGGAUGACGUGGAUGUGCUCAGCAAACGGGCCAGGGGCACGUUCCUGAUGGGCAGCCUGCUGCGGGAGCUGAGGAGCGUGAUGGAGGACAUGGUGUGUGAGGAGCGGUAG